UUACCAAUAAUAUAACCUCAAUAUUUCUAUCAAAUGAUUUGUAUUUUAAUUUUCUAUAUUAAAAGUUAAUAUUUAUAUUUAUACAUAUAUAUAUAUAUGUUCAUUUAAAAAUUAUCAAAUAUAAAUAUGUGGAUGUUAGAAUUAUUAGAUAUUGAUUUAAUAAAAGAAUACUUGAAUAAUCAAAUUAACGAAUUAGUUUGCUGGUGGUAUUAUUAUAUCAAAGAAAUAUCUUGGCAAUUGUUAAUAGCUUUUCUCGCAUACAUUUGCGUUUGUAUAUUUUUCUACGUAAUCUUAAAAAAAGUUAAUCAUGCUGCGUGGCAACUUCCUGGUCCUCCCCGUAGAAUAUUAUUAGUUACUGCUCAUCCAGAUGACGAAGUUAUGUUUUUUGGACCUAUGAUAUAUUGGGUCACUCGGUCAAAGAUCAGCAAUAUAUAUCUACUGUGCUUUUCCUCUGGUGGAGAUAAACAAAGAAAAAAAGAAUUAUGGAAUUGUACAAAAUUACUCGGUAUACCAGAAGCAAAUGUAACAAUUAUAAUGAGCAGCGAAUUACCAGACAGUCAAUCUGUAAAAUGGCCAGUUGAUGUUUUAGCUGAAAAUAUAUUACAUUAUAUAGAGAGCUAUAAGAUUAAUGCUGUUAUUACUUUUGAUAAAUAUGGUGUAAGCAAGCAUAAAAAUCAUAUUUCUCUCUAUUUUGCAAUUGCUGCGUUAUGUAUUGAAAAAAAAGUGCCAUCUUAUUGUAAGUUAUAUGUGUUGGAAUCUGUGAACAUUACUAGAAAAUAUGUACAGCUCUUAGAUUUACCAAUCAGUUUACUUUCUGCGUCAUAUUGGUAUUUACUUACGUAUGAACAAAGAAAAAAUAUAAGAAAUGCCAUGAAAGCACACAAGUCUCAAUAUGUUUGGUUUAGAAAGCUGUAUAUGAUAUUUUCACGAUAUACAUUUAUUAACACAUUGCAAGAAAUCAGUGCGCUUGAUCUUGAAUUGGAUUUUCAAUUUGAUGAUGAGUACACACAAUCUAAUUAAAUCUGUACAAAAUGAAAGUGAUGAUAAUUGUAAAUAAAAAAAAAAAUAAAAUUUGUUUAUAUCGAUGAUUA